AUGGAUUUUUUACCUUGUGGUAUGUACUCAAUGGCGGAUUCGACGCUUCCAGACUCCGUGGACGGGCAUGGUUCACUUGCAAAAAAAAGUCGUGAAAAAAGUACUGUGACAGGAAUGGCCACUUUAACUAGGGAAGAACGUCGGAGAAGACGACGGGCCACCCAAAAAUAUAGAAUGGCUCAUGCUACACGCGAACGAGUCAGAGUCGAGGCAUUCAAUGUAGCUUUCGGCGAAUUGCGAAAACUUUUACCCACAAUACCACCCGACAAGAAAUUGUCAAAAAUCGAAAUAUUAAGACUCGCUAUAUGUUACAUAAUGUAUUUAAAUCAAUUUUUGGAAACGUAAAGUGCUGAUAAUCGGAUACUCGUCUAAAAUAAGGUUUAGGUACAUAAUAUUAAAGGUACUAUAAACCUCCAAGAAGAAUUGAAUAUAAAGUAUUAUAGAUUUUAACAUUUAUAACAUUAUAGCUUAUAUUAUAUUAACUUCAUAUAGUUAUGAACUUAUUAUCUUCAAAAGGUUACAACACGAGUAGGUUCUAUAGAUUUUAUAAAAUUAUAUCAUACUAUCAUUUAUUAUUAUAUUACGCUGUUUAAUUUUGACAAGAUUAAUUAUUCUCCCGAAAUUUUUGUAUUUUACUUACUUCGUCUAAGAUAUUAUAUUCGUAAUUAUUGUAUAAUAUACAAAUGUGAUAGUGCUUAAACGUUAUCGUUGACUUCGGAUCUUUAUGUCACAAUGUCAUAAACACGAUUGAUUAUGAUAAUAAUAUACAAUUUAUUUACUAUUUUUUUUUUUUAUAUUAUAAUAUAU